UGGCAACGUAGCUGAUGGCACGUCAGAGCGACGUUAUUUAAAAGCCGCGAUUUCACAGUGAUUUCUCAAAAUUUCCUGAGUGCAUCGAAAAAAUGUGAAUGCAAAAUUCUACGUUACCAAACAAAGAAUUGAUUUUAUCAAAUUUCCAGACAUGACAAUAACGUGAUGAGGAUGUUACGGCUGGGAGAAAGUUUAAGAAUUCCACCUGCAGACGUAUUCAUUAGCGAAUUGUUUAGUGUAAGAAGAAAAAUUAUUAAUAAGUAAACAAAUCAAGGCAUCAUGGCGGUGACGGAAAACAAAAAUUUUCAGUUUGUGUGCAAGAAUUUGCUUUGUGGGGGAAUAGCCGGUAUGGUAUCGAAAACAACAGUUGCCCCUUUGGACAGGGUGAAAAUUCUACUGCAAGCCCAUAACCGACACCACGAAUCGCACGGGGUCUACUCGGGAAUAAAGCACAUAAUAAAAACGGAAUCACCAUGGGCCCUUUACAAGGGCAACGGGGCCCAGAUGGUGCGAAUUUUUCCCUACGCGGCCACCCAGUUCACCUCCUUCGAGAUGUACAAAAGAUACCUGGACGGCGUUUUCGGCGCAGGGUCUCACAUCGACAAAUUUAUAGCGGGUGCCGCGGCCGGUUUGACAGCUGUCACUUUGACGUACCCCUUGGACACCAUCAGGGCCAGGCUAGCGUUUCAGAUAAGUGGGGAGCACGUUUACACGGGAAUCGCGCACGCGGCUGUCACAAUCUUCAAGGAAGAAGGCGGCGCGCGCGCCCUCUACCGCGGCUUCGUGCCCACCCUGAUGGGAAUGGUCCCUUACGCCGGCCUAUCCUUCUACUGCUUCGAGUACUUAAAGUGGGGCUGCAUGAAGUACGUACCGUCGCAAACGUGCAGACCUUGCAAGAAGAACACGGGCGGCCUGGUGCUGCUGCUGCCCGCCAAGCUAAUCUGCGGCGGACUGGCCGGCGCGGCCGCGCAGUCCGUCAGCUACCCGCUCGACGUGACGCGCAGGCGCAUGCAGUUGGCCAUGCUGUCGCCGGCGACCGCGCACUACGCUAAAGGCACGUUCACGACCUUGCGGCACAUCUACAGGGAGCACGGAUUGGUCAGGGGACUGUACAGAGGCAUGUCGAUCAACUACAUGCGCGCCAUCCCGAUGGUCGCGGUCAGUUUUAGCACUUACGAGCUGUGCAAGCAGAUACUUGACUUAGAUACAGGUUUGAAUCUUUAGACUGCUCUUUCUCGAAUUUAAUCAAGUUAAAUUGCACUUUUUAACAUUCCCUCAAAGGAUUUAAAUUAUUAUUUAUAUAUCUCUCUCUAAAAUAUUGUUUUAUGUUGUUGAAUUGUUUUGUUAGGUUUGUUAGUCUAUUUUAUACGAAAUUUGACAGUUAUUACUUAAUUUUGAUUCAUCAAUAACAUCAGCCAUUUUAAAAACUGGACAAAAUUUUACUGGUAAUUUUUAAAGAAAAACACUUACCAUAUAAAAGUUAAGCUACUUAGUAUCUUCAUUUGAAAAGUUUCCAUGGAAUGAU